AUGGAUGUUUCUGAUGAAAAUCCUGAUGUAAGUUCCUCGGAGCCGAAUAAUUCUGCGAAAAAGAAACUUAAAUGGAAAGAGUUGGAAAUACCCUCAGAUUUGGUUUCUGAAGGCUUAGUUUGUUUGGAAAUUUUAGAUAAUGGAAGCCAUGAAGAGAAUGUAGCUCCGAAACCAAAAAAACGGAAAAAGGUAGAUAAAUCUGAUUCAAAAAAAAGUGACCCUGCGGAGGUGGUUGAUAAUAGUUUUGAUGAAAAUGAAGUUAUUAAAAAUACAAGGGAUUGGAGUAAUAUCGCUAAGGAUUUCACAAUUCCGAUUUUUUAUAAAUAUUUGUCUCAGGGCUCGGGAAAAACGCUGUGUUUUGUUCUUCCGAUUGUAAUUUCACUGUACAACCAAAGAACGGAAAAUAAAAUAGAAUGUUUGGCACUUUUACCGACGAGGGAACUGGCAAUUCAAGUUAAGAAAAUAUUCUUCUUGACUAUAGAAGGGCUGAACCUGAGAGUUCUGGCACUAAUCGGCGGGAUUGCGAUACAGAAGCAGGAGCGCCUGCUCAAGAAGGACCCUAGCAUAGUGGUGGCAACACCAGGAAGGCUGGAGGACUUUCUGAGGGAGGGCAAGCUGAAGGGAAUGUUUGAACUCAAGUUCCUGGUGCUGGACGAAGUGGAUAAGUUUUUUGAGGACAACUCAUUCAAGGAGGUGGAGUCCAUCGUAAAAUACGUAAAGAGGCAGAAAAUACAGCACUUUUUGAGCUCAGCAACGAUACUGAACAUGAAGGACAACCUGAACAGUUUGUUUAAGCUGCUGUCAAUAAGUAACCCUAGAGUGUGCAUAUGCUCCAGAGAUAAGCAGCUGGUGGUACCAUACGCGGAACUUGCAGACGGUAAAAUUUUACACAAAAAAACAUUCACGGACACACACACGUCACUGCCGGAAAACCUGGUGUUCAAAGUAAUAGAAUCGGAGGAAAAAUACAAGGAAGUGAGGCUUAUUUCAUACUUGGUGGAGCACUUGUGUAACGCGGAAAAUAAAAAGUGCCUCAUAUUCGUUAACACUGUAACAUACGUGUAUAGACUGGAGUCGCUGCUGAGUUUAAUUCUCUGGAAGGACGUGCACGAGUCGGGCAUUAAGAAGAAGUACUGCGCAACGUUCAAGGCCGACACGAAGUUGGACUACGUGUCGGGGAUACACUCGAGGCUGAAGCAGAAGCAGAGGCUUAAGAGGCUGGAAAGCUUUUCAAAAAAUAAUAAGUCGAUUUUAAUCUCGACGGAUGUGGCGUCCAGGGGUUUGGACAUACCGAACAUCGACAUUGUCAUCCACUUUCAGCCGCCCAAAAACAAGUCGCUCUUUUUGCACAGAUCAGGAAGAACGGCACGCCUGAAUGAAGGAGGAGUUUCAGUCUGUGUUUGCUGUCCCAGCGACAAGGAGACCUGGAUAGGCCUGUUCAAGGAAAUCAAUAAAAACUUUGAGCAGAUGGAGUUCAUAGAGGAGAUUCCGAGCGAUGAGUUCAUGAAGUACCAGAGCCUCCUGAGGCUGGCAGAAACCAUAGAGCAGAACGAGUUCAGGAUGUCGAAGGAGAAGAAAGUGUCGAACUGGUUCAAAAACGCAGCCAAAAAGGCGGACAUAAUGUUGAGUGACGAGGAAGAGGACGAGGAUAACAUGAGGUCGAGGAGUUACAAGUUCAUGAAGUCGGAGAAGAAGAAGCUGCUCAAGAUUCGCUCUGAGAUCGGAAUCGACAAUUAG